AUGCGCGCGGACAUACGCAGCUGUGCCACCGGUCUACUUCGACAAAAGAAGCACCACCAAGUCCUGCCCAUCGAUGAAGAAAAGGGGUUACAAUCUCUCAAGACAGACGACAGCAUAGUGAUUGUGUCUGCUGACAAAGGUGGCGCGACCGUCAUCAUGGAAAAGAGUGAUUACGUCAACAAGGCGAACCAAGUCUUUAACGACAGGGAAGCCUACACACCACUCGCGGAGGAUCCGACUAAAAAGCAAGCCGUAGCUAUAAAAAAGAAGGUGAAUGAGCUCACUCGACUGAAGCUCAUAACUCCCAAUGACUCCAGACUUAUGACUCUCAACGACCCCCGAAUAGCCCAUGCAUAUGGCCUCCCAAAGGUUCACAAAGAAGGUGCGCCAUUGCGGAUCAUAGUGCCGCUUAUUGGAUCGCCCACCUACAACCUCGCUAAAUGGUUAUACAGGCAACUGAAGCACCUUGCCAAUGGAUCACAAUAUAGCAUCAAAAACUCUCAGGCAUUUCUCCAGAAGAUCCAAGGCCUCAAAGUAAGUCCUGAUGAGUGUAUUCUAUCGUUUGAUGUGGUUGCCCUGUUCUCCUCAAUACCACAUGACCUAGCGAUUGAGAGCGUAACCCGACGCCUGCAAGAUAAUCCAAACAACAUUCCUCUAGAACACAUUUCAGAACUUCUUAGACUCUGUCUCAAGAACUACUGCCAAUUCGAUGGAAAGUUUUAUCAACAGGUUAGGGGUACACCAAUGGGCUCGCCAAUAUCAGGUCUGCUAGCUGAACUGGUACUACAACAACUAGAAGGGGAAGUUAUGCGAACCUUUAAGCCAAAUAUGUGGCUCCGAUACGUAGAUGAUACGUUUGUUAUCAUGAAGACCUGUGAAAUUGAGCAACUGCAUCUGAGUCUGAAUAGCGUCUUCCCAGCUAUCCAGUUUACUCGCGAAGAGGCAACAGGAGGCCUUCUCCCGUUUCUAGACGUUAGUAUCCUAACGCUCAGUGAUGGCGGUCUUGCAACGAGUGUCUACCGAAAAGACUCCAGUGCUGACGUCAUUUUUAAUUAUGAAAGCAAUCAUCCUGCGGCUCAUAAAAGGAGCUGUGUCCGAACCCUUUUCCACCGGGCCUAUCGUUACUGA